CUCCCCAGCGGACUGCAAUGUGACAGUUUUAAGUGUCCAAAUGCUUCAGCUGCUGAAAUGCAGCGGAUACCAGCCAACUCUCUCAGGCAAACCGAAAUGGAUGGGACUAACAACAAUAACAACAGCAACAAACAAAAAGCACCGCUUAAACCGAAGGAACCGCUCAGGAACCAGCGAAGAGAAUCAGAGGGUUCAGUGGAAUCGCCAAACUUAGAAUUUGAAUAUGGUGAUACUGACAGCAUGUCUGCUGAACUUUCAGAACUCUACAGUUACACAGAAGAACCAGAAUUUGCUUUCAAUAGAGACUGCUUUGAGGAAGAUUUCAGAUCGCAAGUACAAAACAGAAGAUGGAUAGACUUAGACACUGCAGCUCAGAAGACCUACAUAAUGAGGCUAUUGGAUGCAUUGGAAGUUACCAACAGGGAGAAAAGGUUGAAAGUAUCAAGAGCCAUUCUUUAUCUAGCGCAAGGUGUAUUCGCCGAAUGUGAUACUGAGAUGGAGGCUCUGUACUGGUCUCGUCAUAAUAUUUUCCUUCUGUACAACAUGGGGACCUUCACUGCUCUCUUAGAGCUGCUCAGCAUGGAAAUAGAAAACAACCAGGCCUGCAGCAGUGCCUUAAGGAAACCAGCCAUUUCCCUUGCAGACAGCACUGAACUCCGAGUGAUGUUGAGCAUCAUGUAUUUGAUUGUAGAAACCAUUCGUUUAGAGUGUGAAGAAGACACAGAAGAUUGGAAAUCUGCAAGAGAGACUUUUAAGACAGAUCUGGGUUCUCCUGUUUAUAAUGGUGAGCCUUUUGCUGUUCUGCUGUUCAGUAUGGUUACAAAAUUCUGCAGCAUGAAUGCCCCUCAUUUUCCCAUGAAGAAAGUCCUUCUCUUGCUCUGGAAGACUGUCCUAUUUACUUUGGGUGGCUUUGAAGAUCUUCAGAAGUUAAAGAUGAAACAGAGGGAGAUCUUGGGUCUUCCACCUCUCCCUGAAGAUAGCAUCAAAGUGGUGAGAAGUAUGAGAGCUGCUUCACCACCUGCUUCAGCUAUGGAGCUUAUUGAGCAACAGCAGCAGCAGCAGAAGAGAGGGCGUCGUAGUCGCAGGAUGGCCUUUACUGAUAGUCUGGAGGGAGAGAAUCCAUUUUCAAGCAAACAGCCUUUGAUGAAGCAAGACAGUUUGGACACAUACAAUGAGCGUGACCCAUUCAAAAAUGAUGAUAUUCGUGAUGAUGAGGAGGACAGUGAGGAUGCAGACAGUGGAAUAGAAGGAGAGGUGGAUCCUCUAGACAGAGAUGUCAUCAUUCAGCCUCCACCACCACCUCCACCACUUAAACCUCUGGCAGAAAGAAUAUCUUUUCCGAAGGGACUUCCCUGGGCACCAAAAGUAAGAGAAAAAGACAUAGAGCAAUUUCUGGAAACAAGCAGAAAUAAAUUUAUUGGCUUCACUCUUGGAAAUGAUACAGAGACUCUGGUAGGAUUGCCAAGGCCCAUUCAUGAAAGUGUGAAAACCUUAAAGCAGCACAAAUACAUAUCAAUUGCAGAAGUUCAGAUCAAAAGGGAGAAUGAGCUGCAAGAGUGUCCAAUGACAUUGGGAGAGGAGGAAGUUGAAGAGACUCCCACAGAAAUCCUGUACCAGGGAAUGCUGCCUAACUUAUCUCAGUAUGUGAUUGCUCUGCUAAAACUUCUGCUUGCUGCUGCUCCUACCUCAAAGGCAAAGACUGAUUCCAUCAACAUCCUGGCUGAUGUACUUCCAGAGGAGAUGCCAAUAACAGUCCUACAGAGUAUGAAGCUGGGAAUUGAUGUAAAUAGACACAAGGAAAUUAUUGUCAAGGCCAUAUCUGCACUUCUCCUAUUGCUGCUGAAGCAUUUUAAGCUUAACCACAUCUAUCAGUUUGAAUAUGUAUCACAGCACUUAGUAUUUGCUAACUGUAUACCUCUAAUCCUGAAAUUCUUCAAUCAGAACAUAAUGUCAUACAUCAGUGCCAAAAACAGUAUCUCUAUUCUGGAUUACCCAUACUGUGUGGUUCAUCAGUUACCAGAGUUAACAGCAGAAAGCUUGGAAGUAGGAGACAAUAUUCAAUUUUGCUGGCGAAACCUCUUCUCCUGCAUUAAUUUACUACGCAUUCUUAAUAAGCUGACAAAAUGGAAACAUUCAAGAACAAUGAUGCUAGUGGUCUUUAAGUCUGCACCAAUCCUUAAAAGAGCGUUAAAGGCAAAGCAAGCAAUGAUGCAGCUUUAUGUUCUGAAACUUCUAAAAAUACAAACUAAAUACCUUGGGCGCCAGUGGAGAAAAAGUAACAUGAAGACCAUGUCUGCAAUCUAUCAAAAAGUACGCCACCGUCUCAAUGAUGACUGGGCAUAUGGAAAUGAUAUUGAUGCCCGGCCUUGGGAUUUCCAGGCAGAAGAAUGUGCUUUGAGAGAGAGUAUUGAGAAGUUUAACAAUCGAAGAUAUGAUAAAAACCAAAAGACCGAGUUCACACCAGUUGACAACUGCCUUCAGAGUGUAUUGGGACAGAAAACUGACAUUCCUGAGGACUUUCAUUAUAGUUAUGAAAUGUGGCUGGAGCGAGAAGUAUUCUCCCAGCCAAUCAAGUGGGAAGAACUCCUAGAGACAGAAUAGUUAGACCUUCAACAUUAGUUUCAUCAGCAGCUCCUAUAGCUAAAACCUGUGGCAUAUUUUGUAGCUUUGCAUGCCUGAAUUGCCUCAAGAGAUAACACUUGUCAAAUACAUUACAAUCAUUGCAUGAUAAAAGAAAACAUACCACUUUUAUCCAUAUUUUUCGUACACUUUCAUUACUACUUUCACUUUUUUUUUAAUCCUCCAUUUUUAUUCCCUAAUAGUGUGACUGUGUGCAAAUAGAUUUUUCUAGGCAAAUGUGAUAACCAGGUACAAUAAUUACACAUUCACAGCAUAAGAGUUUAAAUAUCAGUGCCAUACAGUUAGAUUGUCACAUCAGAAAACCAGUAUUAAUUGUGUUUUUGGAAUGGUAGUAUUUUAAACAUACAUGAAUAGUGAAAACAGAUUGGCCCAAAAUGAAGGUUCAACUGUGUCAAAAAGCCAAAGCCUCAUAAACUAUACAGUACAGAUUUUUGCUAUCUUUUUACUCAGUUUUUAAAGCAGUACAAUAACAGUUAUAUUGUUUAUACAAUAUACAGUUCUAUUUUUAGUCCUUUUGCUUUUUCCCCGUUCUUCCUUAAAUCUGCUUUUUCCAAAAAUGGUAUAUUAAGGAAAAAACAAAAGAGAAAUGUCUAAGACCUGAAACUGCCCAGAGAUUGAAAGUGUACAGUUGUUCAGUAUCUAUGACAGGCUGCCAUAUUUUGUUAAACAACUGCAUUGAUCUUCAUUGAGUAAACUGAAUAAUUUUAGAUAGUACAGUACAUCACUAAGCAAGUGCAGAACAGAUUAGAGUGCACGUCUCUUCCACUUCAGCAAGAUUAACCAGUGAGCUAAAAUUGACAUAAAACAACUGUGUUAGAAUGAUUUUUCAUGAGAGUUUUUAUGAUCCAGGGCAACCCCAAAGAGAGUAGGAAGAGAAUAAGAUUUAAGACGGUGUUGGAUGCCUCUGAUAGCUUAUAGAAAUGGAUAACCAGUAUAAUAAAGUUGAGGAAGGCUGGUGCCUCGUAGGAUUUCUCACAGGUGGCAUCUAAUCUUGGGAAGAGCUUUGAGAACUGAUCUUAGACAUGUUUAUAGUGUCAUAUUUUAGAUUUUGUCAUUGAACGACUAGAACGACUUGAGUAGGAAUAUAACAUUGGAAGAGGGCUUUACACUUCUUAUUAGGAACACGAGAUCUUCCUUCCAACGUUUUUUUUAUUUUCUAAUGAGAUUCUAUUAGAUACUAUUGUAUAGAGUAGGCUGCAUAUAGCAGGGAGCCAAAGAGAAGUUGAAUAUUAUGAUGGAGGAGGGUGGGUAAUGGCAACAAAAUUUAAUAAUAAUUAAAUAAAUCAUGCCUAUUCAUUAAAUCCAAAUGAAAAAACUUUUUUUUUCCUCAAUAUGACAAAGUCAGUGUUUUAGAUAUUUGUUAUUAUAUUGACAAUCAUUUUAGAAAAAUGAGUAUUUUAAAAUGCCUUUACAGUAAUUAGAAACCAAAACAUAUUAUAAAUGUAACAACUAAAUUGUUAAGUAAUAUUAUCACUACUUAAUUAUCAGGAUUAUGUUUUAUUAAUGUCUAUGGAAUUUCAGUCUGCCUGAAAAAAAUGUAUUAGUUUCAUAUAUAUACAGUGGGGGAAAUAGGUCUUUGAUCCCCUCCUGAAUUUGUAAAUUUGCUCACUUUAAAGUAAAUGAACAGUCUCUAAUUUUAUGGUAGUUUCAUUUUAAUGGACAGAGCCAGAAUAUCAACGAAAAAUCCAG